AUGGUACUCUGUAUACCAACAAACCGAGGAAGGCAACUGUCCGAGCGGCACAGAGGAAAACAGUACCAACAAAUAGAGGAAGGCAACUGUCCGAGCGGCACAGAGGAAAACAGUACCAACAAACCGAGGAAGACAACUGUCCGAGCGGCACAGAGGAAAACAGUACCAACAAAUAGAGGAAGGCAACUGUCCGAGCGGCACAGAGGAAAACAGUACCAACAAAUAGAGGAAGGCAACUGUCCGAGCGGUACAGAGGGAAAAAGAUUUCACCGAAUCAACAUGCAUACAGUGGCCUUAUUAUAUCUAACAUUAUGCAUAUGGAUGUCCGGGGUCAGAGGUCAUGGCCGACUUUUAGAGCCCCCGGGUAGGGCCAGUAUGUGGAGGUUUGGCUACAACACUCCCCCAAACUAUGACGACAAUCAACUCUUCUGUGGAGGCUUUAAUCGUCAGUGGAAAAUCAAUGGCGGUAAAUGUGGCGUUUGUGGCGACCCCUGGGAUGGAGCACGUGAACAUGAGGCUGGCGGGAAAUAUGCUACUGGAACUAUUGUCCGCCAUUACAGUGAGGGACAGACGAUCAAUGUGAACGUUCAGAUAACGGCGUCACACAAGGGCUACUUUGAGUUCCGACUGUGUCCUCACAACAACCCUAGUACCCGUGUGUCCCAGGCAUGUCUGGACCAACACGUUCUACAACAGACCGACGGCAGCACUCGGGUGUACGAGGCUGGUCAUCCCACCAACUAUACAAUCCACCUCAAACUUCCGGCUGGUGUCACGUGCUCACAAUGUCUUCUCCAGUGGAAAUACAACGCAGGAAACUCGUACGGCUGUGACGGAAGUCAUUGCUGUGUCGGAUGUGGGGAACAAGAACAGUUUUACGGUUGUGCUGACGUCAGUGUAGGAUCCGGCGGGAGUUCGGCAUAUUCAUCCCCUCAGAUUCAUUCGUCUGUCUAUCAGAACGCGCACGGAGUAUCUCAGGGACAAACUCCAUUAUCAGGACAACAUCUCUCUGCCUAUCAUCCGAUCAACGUCAUUCCCCAGGGACAAACACAGGUAUCAGGCAUUCACUUCCUACUUCCGGCUAUUGCACAACAACACGGACAAUACAUUCAGAAUCAUCAGCUCGCUGGCUAUGUACCACAGAACACUAAUCACGUCAUAUCCGGUAACCUGUUUUCCGGUGGAAGCGGAAGUCAGACUGAAACGUGUAAAGCUACUCCUCGCUAUCGAGCUAUCUAUCAGUACGCCGACCAGUACUGUGCUGUACAGUGUAGUAGAGGGAGCUGUCCGGCUGAACAGUAUUGUACCUCGGCGUGUAGGAGGUUGUUUGGUGGCAAAGUUUAA